UGUCCGUUUAGUUGUUGCUACGAAGUUGGGCCUGUGUAGAGAAAGAAAGUUAUUCUCCAUUAUACUCGUCUCUUGCAAAUGUAGGCGCGCGCAGAGACAAGUAUUACCUUCACGUGUGUGCUUUUCAGUUCAAGCUGUUGGAUCGUAGACACAAUAGCGCGCUCAUUGUUAUUACAGCUGAUGCUAAUCAACAUUGAAUAAAACGCAAUCUGAGUAGGCGAGCAACAUGGGUUAUGGACAGGAGAUGGACGGCUGUGGUCAGUGUAUGAAGUACAGCAUGUUCAUAGCGAACUUCAUCAUAUUUGUUGGCGGUAUCUCAGUGCUAGGUAUUGGCAUCUGGACUCUGGUGGACAAAUCUUUCAUGAAUGAGCUGUUGGGUACUAACUUGUUCCUCGGUGCCGUGUACAUCCUUAUCGCGACAGGCGCCAUCAUCUCCCUCAUCGCAUUUUUUGGCUGUCUGGGAGCCCUCAAGGAGAUAAAAUGCAUGCUUCUGACGGUAAGAAAGUUUCUUCUUGAGAACUGUACUAUAUCCCUGAGGACGUAUUCAGCAAACAGAUCUGUGAAACGAGCUUGGGACGACACGCAGGAGAAGCUCAAAUGUUGUGGGGUCACCUCCCCUGUGGACUGGAAAGAUAGGGUUCCGGAAAGUUGCUGUAGGAUUCACCCAGAAAGUUCAUCUUUUGGGAAGUGCUUUUUGUUGCCUGGAAACAUCUACACCUCGGGUUGUUUGAACAUAACCGAGAAAUUUGUCAAAGAACACGCCGCCAUCAUCGGAGGGGCUGGAAUUGGCGUGGCCUGCUUGAUGCUGUUAGGAAUGAUAUUUUCUUGCGCGCUCUUCAAGAUGAUAGAAUAAAGCCCUCUGGGUGGGGGUGGACCUGCGUCGUUCAACCACGUAAUCAUCCUUAACGAACGACGAAACUCGAAUUAUAAACCAAGAACAGAAGAAAUCCUGUUUCAGUGAUAUGUUGCAGAAUUUUUGGUGUCUCGAGAUCGUACUAUUAUUUACAGAGUUUCGUACUUUACGAUUCAACUUUAAACGUUAGAAAAUAAAAUAUAUUUAUGCAGGUAUACUUUGAACAUUUUGAGGGUCAUCGUGAGAGAGAAUUUUGCUGGAGUUAUAUUUUGAAAAAUACAUUUCACUGUCGGGACUUUUAAUUAUAUAAAGACUUGUUUCAGUGGACAGAUGAUGAUGAUAAUUUUGAUUGUUAGGUUAGGUUUUGUACAUUUAAUAUUAAGUAGAAAGGUAUUACAAUUCAUUGUCGUUUGAAUGCAUGCGUAAACUGUGACGUUCUAAUUAGUAAGUUAAGUGCCUAAUAUUAGAUUCCAUUUCCUACGUCGAUUGCAAAUAAUUAAAAAAUUAUGGAUAUUAACUUGUUAUUUAGAAAUGAAAAUAAUAUUAUUGAUUUUAAAGAAAUUGUGUUUGAAAAUAUACGUACGGACUGAUUCUUUACUUAUGAUAAGAGUUUCUCUUACGCGGGGUCUAUACCGAAGAAGUUGAGAUUACGUAAAAUUACGUAUUAGGUUACGCGUAAGGCUUUUGUGGUUUAUUGAUCUCUUCUGAUGUAAAAAUUGAUCUCACGGAAGCGAGUAUGAAGAUGGAUGUCUUCUGGGCGAUUGUGCCUUGAAGUCUCGUUAAAGUUUACCAAUGUUUCAGAGGUCCUUUCUGUCUCCAUUGCCCUGAUGAUGGAGGCAACAAGGACGAAUACAUGAUUUGUAAAUAAAUAAAAAUAUAUCUGAUAUUAGGCACGUUUCCAUUGUACAUUUUAUAGCUAUAGAAAUUUAGUUAUAGAAUUUUUAGAAGUAUAGUUUUAGUACGCACAUUUUAGGUUAGGAUUGUGUUAAGUAGUACAGUGUCUUCUCGAUGCGUGUCGCCACCUGACUAUAGGCCAGCGUCAGCGUACCUGAGUGUUACUGGAUCCCCGAUACAAGUUUAGAAUUGUUGUGUAAGGAAAUAAAAGAAACAAUUUAUGUUGGAACUAACACCAAGAUCAUAAAUACAGCUGAAAAUUCUAUAUUCUGAGACACUGCACGUUCUCUUCACGUCAUUUGAAAAGGUAAGCAUUGACGUACGUUCCCGUUUAAGUAUUUUCUAAAACUACGAGUUCUCGUUCAGAUAUUUUAACAUGUGGGGUAUUAUUCUGUACGCGUCCUCCUCUAAGUGAAAAUUAUAUGGAGUAAAAUUAUGCUGUAACCCGGACCACCAAGUUUAAUUUAAUUAAGCGCGCGUCAUUUUUAAAUUGGUGUCUCGUCCGGAAGUGACCUACCGGAUCUGAAUUCAUUAAUAUCGUAAAUGCUUGGAAUUGAGACUUAGUAAAGUUAGGUUAGGUUAGAAUUGUAAUUCACUACUACAAGCGAGUUAGUAAAACUUAAUGUCCGUAGAUAAUGAUAUCCCGUACUUAACGCACCGUUUACAUUUUUUUUUAAAUAUUCUGAAACUGGUAGCGCUCGACGUGAGUCAUUUUUUUUUUCGGGAUUAACAGUUACCGGAAUGAAGUAGGUUUUUCAUUGGCUGGUAGUUUAGAAGUGACGUAAACUUUAAACUGUGGUAACAAACCAUACUUUAAAUGUGUAGUCAAGUAUAGAUGUCUAUACUUAUUGGAUGUAAUUUUUCUGUGUUUGAUUUCGUAAUAAAUUAAUUGUUACGUACAUAUACUUACCAACCUUCCACACAAAUAUUUCCCUCGCUUUGUUAUCAGAUUGAGAGGCAUUGUACAUUUUCAUAAAUAAUUUGUGCUUUCAACUCGUACCUUAAGAAAGGGUAAACUGUGUUUUUGAUGUCUCUGAGCUUGAGAAUGACAUAAGGUAAGACGCUGGCAACCCGGUGUCGAAAAUGCCACUCGACCAAACGCCCACGCGAGAUUCGAAAUUGAUUUCUGUUCAGCACAAAUUUUUUUAAUUCAGUUUGCUCUCACUUGUCUGUGGUUGUGUGGAUAAGUUUACUAUAUACUUUAUAAAUAUCCACGUAAUAAUUAGUUUCGAGUAGCGAACAUGAAAAUAUAGUUCUUAGAUUAAAUUACAAGCCAAAAUAAUAAUACCUUUCACGAUAUAUAAAUAAAUAAAAGUUGCAAACUUUCAUCAGUCGUAAAUAAUAUAUUCUUAUACAGUAAAUGUUUAUAAUUAAUAUUUCCCAUCUGUUGCUAUUAAAAUCUAUGUGUCUCACUACCUAAUCUGCCCCCUUCACCUUUACACAGAUAAAAAGAAAUUAUCUCCGGAUAUAGGUGGUCGUGUUUUUGACUGGUGUAAAGUUAAUGUUUGUACACGUGGAAAAAAUGUAAAGUGCCAUGAAAAUGUGGAAUGAGCUAAGGAAAAAACUGAUUUUUCAGCUCAUCUCAGUCUAAAUCAAAAAUUUGUGCAGGAAAAGAUUAAAAAAAUGUAUAAUUACGGGACUACGUGUUGCUUUCUCUCAGCCUCCAGGGGUGUUAAUGAAUGUGAAUAUUACUACUUCCAUUAACGUAAUCUUUCCCCUUUCCAUGUCAAUUUAACUUAUAUUUUUAUGUAAUUUUCUUUAUCUAUGUAAUAAUGUAAGAAUGCAGUGAAUGUAUACGAGUGUUAAUUAAAAUGUAAUGUUUACAACCAGAAA